AUGGUGGGUAUCUUUUCGUUGGUAACAGGGAGGCCUGGACCUAGUGGAUUCGGAUCGGCCUCCACUGCUGAACAGGUUACUCAAGGGAUUGAUGCCAGCAACCUCACUGCAAUCAUCACAGGAGGAGCAAGUGGGAUAGGGUUGGAGACAGCACGUGUCUUGGCUCUUCGAAAGGCCCAUGUCAUUAUUGCUGCAAGGAACAUGGAGUCUGCAAAGGAAGCCAAACAACUCAUACUGCAGGAGAACGAGUCAGCUCGUGUGGACAUAUUGAAGCUCGACCUGUGCUCAGUGAACUCUGUCAGAACAUUUGUGGACAGCUUCAUCGCCCUUGCUCUUCCUCUCAACAUAUUAAUAAACAAUGCUGGGGUCAUGUUCUGCCCUUACCAGAAAACAGAAGAUGGGAUUGAGACGCAGUUUGCAACAAAUCAUCUUGGUCAUUUCCUAUUGACGAACCUUCUUCUUGACAAGAUGAAACAAACUGCAAAAGACACUGGAAUUGAGGGCAGGAUCAUAAAUCUGUCAUCAAUUGCUCAUGUCUACACUUACGAAGAAGGGAUUCGCUUUGAUAACAUCAAUGAUGAAGAUGGAUACUCUGACAAGAAGGCCUACGGGCAGUCCAAGUUAGCCAACAUAUUGCAUGCAUUAGAGCUUUCUCGUCGCUUGCAGGAAGAGGGUGUUAACAUCACGGCCAACUCUGUGCACCCAGGAGUGAUAAUGACUCCUCUCAUGAGACACUCUUCAUUACUUAUGAAUUUUCUGAAGAUGUUUACCUUCUUCAUAUGGAAGAACAUUCCGCAGGGAGCAGCCACAACGUGCUUUGUUGCUCUACACCCAAGCUUGAAAGGGGUAUCUGGGAAGUACUUUCUGGAUUGUAAUACGUAUCAACCAAGUGCACAUGCCUCCAACGAACUCUUGGGAAGGAAACUUUGGGAUUUCAGCAACAAAUUGAUCAAUUCACUUUCAAAAGCCUAA